AUGGAUGCCAUUGCGCUCAAGCAUGUCGAAAAGUUGUUUGACACUGGCUUCAAGCUGGCCUGGAACCACAAGUUCCGUGAGGUCUCGGUGGAGAGGCGCAUUUACUGCCCGUCACCGAGUUGUGGCCAGUGGAUCAAGGACGAAAACUUGUUUCGCGGAGAGGACGGCCGGCAGACGGCCAGCAGCUACGAAGACAAAUCGCGUGCUCGUUCGUAUCGCGACGACUAUCGAGCUGAUGCCUACCGGGACAACGACCUGGCCCGGCGCAUGGAGGCACUCGGGGGACUCGGGGAUGAUGACGACACGAUGGAUGCCUUCAGCUCAGCUAUCAAAAAGGCACGGCUUGAUCGCUAUGCGAGGCGGCAUGCCAACGACGACGCAGGUGCCCACGUCCAUCGUAGAAGAAGUUUUAUGGAAGACAACGAUUACGACCGCGACGAAAACGACGACCGCGACUACUCUGCUCGGGCAGCGGCGGACAUUCUUCCCUCCGCACCGCAUCCUCCACCUGCUCCCCCGACUCCGCCACAGCAACAGGCACAAGCUCAAGCUCAACCCGCACAGCAUCGCUACCAGCACCAGCAGCUCCAGCAGACUCACCCGCCUCACCCGCCACAUCCAUCACUUCAACAGCACCAGCCACUUCACCCGAUUCACCCGCAACAUGAUCUAUAUGAACUACAUGAGCAACUCGAACAACAUCAACGAGCGCCACCACCGCCUUCACAGUAUCCCGCUACAACUUAUGACCGUCCUGCCGCGUCGAUGGACUUCUACACAAGCGGGUUAAGCCGUACCCGUGCUGUUACCACAGACUCAGAGGUGGGCCGACUAGCAGACCGCUUCAACACAGAGUCCAGGUCUGGCCCGAUGCAUCGACCAAAGGCACCACCGGCUCUUACCGGACCGCCCAUGGCGACAGGUCUGCCUCAUGGCGUGCCAAUGGGGCCAGGUGGCGGCAUGGGAGUUAUGCCGAUGGGCCCGAUGUCUCCAAAUGGCCCUAUGGCACCCUUGCCUCCUAUGAUGUCGAUGCAGGGGCCACCCCCGCCGCUGAUGCCGCCACCACUUAUGGGCUCCAUGCCAAUAAUGUCCAUGGCACCCAUUCCCCACCCGAGUAUGAUGCCAGAAAUACCAAUGAUGCGGAGAUACCCGAUGGAAGAGGGCAUGUUAAUGGGCCACGAGCCGCUGCAACGUGGACGGUCGUUUGAGCAGGUUCCGUUUUCUAGUUAUCCCGUGGAAGAUGAGCACGUCUUCAGUUCUGGUGCGGGCGGACGUCGCAACCGGCGCCGGGACGAGGAGGCCUCGCACGCACAGGAAGCGCGCAGGUCUGAAAUGGCUGGCCUUGCCGGCCCUGGCCGUGGUAUGGACCGCGUAGCAGAUUGGAUGGAGUUUGUUGGUAAUGAGCCACCUGGCAAAGAUUCCGACAGCGUACUCAAUCCGUGA